GAGGCUGCUACUUCAACUACUUCAUCUCGUCUGGUUUCAAAAAUAAUCAGAAGAAGUUUUGUUUUGUUUCGUUUCCCUCUCUAAUUCUUCCCCAAUUUUUUGAUGGCUUCUUCUACUACUUCUUCACCUUCUCUUAAUUUGGCUAUUAAGAAUUCGUGUGUACGAGAAAAUUCUGAUCUAUUUCUUAGAGGGAGGAAUUUAUCACUGAAAUCUUCAUUUAUACGUUCAAGUUCAUUACGAUUGAAUAGAAUUGGAUCUUUAAACAUUCAAUCGAAGAGUAGAAUUAUAUCUGCAAAUUCAGCUCAAGUAAUGGAACAAUCUUCAAUUAGGGCACCAACUAUUGUUGAUGUUGAUUUGGGUAAUAGAAGUUAUCCGAUCUAUAUUGGUUCUGGACUUCUUGAACAACCUGAUCUUCUUCAGAGGCACGUACAUGGGAAGAGAGUACUCGUGGUAACUAAUACGACAGUUGCACCAUUAUACCUAGAUAAAGUUGUCAGCGCAUUAACUCAUGGAAAUCCGAGUAUUUCGGUUGAGAGUGUGGUUUUGCCAGAUGGAGAGAAAUACAAAAAUAUGGAUACUCUGAUGAAAGUUUUUGACAAGGCCAUAGGAUCUCGAUUUGAUCGUCGUUCCACAUUUGUCGCUCUUGGAGGUGGUGUUAUAGGUGACAUGUGUGGUUAUGCUGCAGCUUCUUUCCUUCGUGGUGUAAACUUCAUUCAAAUUCCAACUACAGUCAUGGCACAGGUGGAUUCCUCUGUUGGGGGAAAAACUGGAAUCAACCACACACUGGGGAAAAACUUGAUUGGUGCUUUCUACCAGCCCCAAUGUGUACUUGUAGAUACAGACACAUUACAUACACUGCCUGAGAGGGAAUUAGCUUCUGGUUUUGCUGAAGUUAUAAAAUAUGGACUCAUUAGGGAUGCUGAGUUCUUCGAGUGGCAAGAAAAAAAUAUGGACUCUCUGUUGGCGAGGGAUCCCAGUGCACUAGCAUAUGCAAUCAAGCGUUCAUGUGAAAACAAGGCAGAGGUUGUAUCCUUGGACGAGAAGGAAGGUGGAGUGAGAGCAACGCUGAACUUGGGUCAUACCUUUGGACAUGCAAUUGAAACAGGAUUUGGCUAUGGUCAAUGGCUCCAUGGAGAAGCUGUAGCAGCUGGAACGGUCAUGGCAGUAGAUAUGUCUUACCGUCUAGGUUGGAUUGAUGAAUCAAUUGUGAAGCGGACAUACGAUAUUUUACAAAAGGCUAAGCUGCCGAUUACCCCACCAGAUGUGAUGACUGUAGAGAUGUUCAAGUCUUUCAUGGCUGUUGAUAAGAAGGUGGCUGAUGGACUACUAAGGCUCAUCCUUCUCAAAGGUCCUCUCGGCAAUUGUGUUUUUACAGGUGAUUACGAUAGAAAAGCCCUAGACGAGACCCUUCGUGCAUUCUGCAAGUCUUAAUUUAAUGCCGACCUUGGUUGGGCUCAUUUCUUCAUCAACCAUGUGCAGUUUUGUGUUAUUUUCUUUUAUAGACUAUAGACUCAUCUGUUGACGUGAAACCACAUUGUUUCUGCAUAUGUAAUUUAAUGACUUCCUAGAUUUGCCAUCAGCGAAUGUAUUACUAUAGAGCCUCAUACUUACAUCUUACUAUAAUAAAAAACAAGUUUAGUUUUUCAAA